UCUUCUUGUUCAAUUUAUUCGCCUAAAAUCAUAUUGUUAAGUCUCCGUUGUUGUAGCAAAACUUCGUAAAUUUUCUUGGGUCUCUGCGGUUUAUUUUUUCCCUCUCUGGGUCAGAAUCCUGAUCUCCCUGAGAAUCACCGGCAUAAACACAAACACAUAGAAGUCGAUACUCUGAGAUUACUUGUGGAAGAAGACAAUGGGAGGCGUUUGUCCAGGUGGGGUGAAAGGCAGUAAGAAGCUGAAAACUGGCCCAAGGUCUAAAGGGCUCUCUGGAAAAUUGAAGCCGAUGAAGAGUAAAGCCUCAGAAUCAGAUUACACGAAGCAGAAAAGCUUCGAACCGAAUGAGAUCCCCUAUAUUUUUUCGAGCGAACUCAAGCCGAUGCCGCUGGUGAAGACAGCAUCUAACAAGGUUGGGCAGAGGAAUUCGUUUCUCGGGCGGGCCGGGAUGAUGGGGCUAGAGAGAGCUGUGGAGGUUCUAGACACACUUGGGAGCAGUGUGUCGAAUUUGAAUUCGGGAAGCGGGUUUCUCGCUGGCGUCUCCUCUUCCCGGGGAAUCAAACUCUUCAUAUUGGCCUUUGAAGUGGCCAAUACUAUUUCCAAAGGCGCCGCAUUGCUUCAGUCUCUUUCUGAAGAGAAUCUCAAACUCAUGAAGAAGGACAUGUUACAGUCCAAGGGAGUUAAGAAGUUGGUCUCUCCAGACACUGCAGCGUUGCAAAGAAUUGCUGCUUCUGACAAGAGGGAGGAGCUCGACGUUUUCUCCAAGGAAGUAGUAAGGUUCGGGAACAAGUGUAAAGAUCUGCAGUGGCACAGUCUUGAUCGGUAUUUUUCAAAGCUUGACACAGAGAACUCGCACCAGAGACAUCUCAGGGAUGAAGCAGAUAUGAGGAUGCAAGAACUCGUCACUCUUGCCCAGUUUACUUCUGAAUUAUAUCACGAACUCCAAGCUUUGGAUAGGUUUGAACAGGAUUACAAAAGAAAGCUUGCAGAAAUAGAGUCUCUAAAUCUCCCUCGAAGAGGAGAAAGUAUCAUUGUCUUACAGAAUGAGCUAAAACAACAGAAAAAGCUUGUCAGGAGCUUGCAGAAGAAAUCUCUUUGGUCCCGGAAUCUGGAAGAAAUUGUGGAGAAGCUUGUCGAUAUUGUUUCCUAUAUACAUCACGCAAUCGUGGCAGUUUUUGGCAACAAUGGUCUGAAAGACGAUGGAGGGAAGAAGGGUACUGAGGGAUUAGGUGAAGCCGGUCUUGCGCUACACUACGCUAACUUAAUCCAGCAAAUUGAUAGUAUUGUGUCUCGCCCCUCAUCACUUCCUCCUAACGUGAGGGAUACUCUAUACAAUGCGUUGCCUGUUAGUGUCAAGACAGGUCUGCGUUCCCGGCUGCAGACUCUUGAUCCUGAGGAAGAGUUAUCGGUGACAGAAAUCAAAGCUGAGAUGGAGAAGAUGCUUCACUGGCUCGUCCCCUUGGCCACAAACACGACCAAGGCACAUCACGGCUUCGGAUGGGUGGGAGAAUGGGCCAACUCGGGGAUCGAUUAUGGGAAGGGCAAAUCCGGGAAUAACAAUAAUCCAACGAGGCUGCAGACGCUCUAUCACGCUGACAAACACAAGGCGGAUUCUUACAUCCUCGAACUCGUUGUAUGGCUUCAGAGACUGAUGAAGGCUGUGAGGAAAAGAGAUCACGGAAUCAGGGUCCCGCCUCCUUACAGUUCUCCGCAUAAUAAACGAUCCAAAAUCACGAUCUCGAAGGCACAGCUCUCACUUUCCCCGGACUAUAGCACCCGAAGCUCCCAACUGUCACUAGAAGACAGGUUCUUGCUCGACAGAGUCCGGAGUAUAAGAUUUAAUCCCAGUUUAAGCAAGAGCCAGGAGUUUUUCGGGUUGAGGAGCAAGAAAGGAAACAAGAUCUGGGCAUUGAGCAGAAGUUCUGGCAACUCUCCAAGUAUGGGUUUUUCAGACCAAAAGGCAAACACUUUGGACAUCGUCGACGGUUUGGAUUUCACGUUUCGAGAAGCAUAAGUUUGAUGUUUUCAUUCUGUUUUUGAUCCAUUUUUCUUUGUUGAUUUACCCUGUAUUAUACUAUAUAUAUAUAUAUAUAUAUAUCCUUGUAUAUACACACACACAAUGAGUACAAAAAGAGAGGUGAUGGAAUAAAUGUAACAGCCAAACAACACAGAGACUAUGUUGUGUUUCAGUGCAACUUGAGUUUUG